AUGAUGGAGGGCACCGAUUUAAUUGGUUAUAGUUUACAGGAUGUAAAGGAUAUUGAGGAUGAUUUCCAUAAGUCACAGUUGGAACUAUUAACAUCGUUGUCCGGGAGUGAUACAUCCAGUGAAUUAAAAUUGUCAUUUCGUUUUGAGCAAAUAGUAAAAUCAAUAAAACAUCGUUUGAAAAAUAUAGAACAGAAACCUGUUAUAUCGUCUAGUGGUAGUAGUAAUAUGAAAUUACCCAGAAUUAUUAUAAAACCCUUUGACAGCCGUAUUGAAAAUUGGGUCUCUUUUAUUCAGUUGUUCGACUCACUAAUUCACUCUAAAGAGAUAGCACCAGUAGAAAAACUUCAUUACUUAUUGUCAAAUGUUCAAGGUGAAGCUUUAGAUUUAAUAAAAAAUUAUCCCCUUUGUGAUGAAAACUAUUUGUUAGCAUAUAACACCUUAAAACACAAAUAUGAACAAAAAAGAGUCAUCGCUACUGUCUUUUAUGAAAGAUUAUUAUAUUGUGAAUCAGUGAAGUCAAAGAGUAGCUUAGAAUUAAACAGAAUUUGUCGAACAUUUAAAGAAAAUUUAGAUAUACUUUCGAAAUACCAGUUACCUGAUAGUAAUUUCAUGUUAUUUAAUUUGUUGUGGAGUAAAUUGGAUGCAGUAACAAGGGAAGCAUUUGAGUUACAACUGGAUUCAAAUGUUGAUAUACCUAAAUAUGAAAAUUUAAUUAACUUCAUAGAAAAAAGAAGUCGAGCCUUGGAGAAUUCAAACACAUCAAAGUCAAAUAUUAUUACUAGUAAACCAACAAUUAGGUCAAAACCAUCGCUUAUUGUGCCUUCGGUUAACUGUAUUGCUUGUUCUUCUUCCAGUCAUAGUGUGGAGAAGUGUUCAAAAUUCAAUAGCUUGUCACCCUUUGAAAGAUUCUCUUUAAUAAAAGAAAAUAAACUGUGUAUUGGAUGUUUUCGGCCCUCACAUAUUGUAAAGAAUUGUAGAACAUUUAGCAAUUGUUCUAAGUGUAAAUAUAGACAUCACACUUUACUUCAUUUUGACAAAGGUGAUAAUACAGAGCUUUCACCGCAAGCUUCAGCAGUUACCACCACCUUGGCUGUAUUGGGCACUGAAACUCAAGUUUUGUUUUCAACUGCAGUUGUUCUCAUUAAAACUAAAUUAAAUAAAUGGACACCUAUUCGUAUUCUUUUGGAUAGUGCUAGUGCUUGCAAUUUUAUUACACACACCUGUGCAAGGAAACUUGGACUUCACAUUGGGAAUACCAAACAAUCUGUUAGUGGUAUUGGUCAUGUGUCAGCGGACACACUUGGAUCAGUCGCUUGUGAAAUUAUUCCAUCAAAUGGUGAUGUCACUUGUAAAUUUUCAUUUGAAGCUUUUGUUUUACCAAAGAUUUGUUCAGAUAUGCCAUCCGGACAAAUUGAUGUCUCGGCUUGGAAACAUAUUCUGGAUUUGGAUCUUGCUGAUCCCUCGUUCCACAUACCUGGACCUAUCGAUAUGUUAGUUAGUGUUAACAUUUUGACAUCAGCACUUCAAGAAGGCCUUGUCAAAGGCAAUGUAGGUCAGCCCAUUGCUGUUAGCACUGUAUUCGGCUGGGUAGUGAUGGGAGAAUGUGCUACUCAUGUUGAUUCUUAUCGUUCUCAUUGUGUCUCUAGUUCCACAAACAAUGAUUGUCUCUUUGUUUCAAGUUGGUCUUUGGACAGCAAUAUUAAACGUUUUUGGGAAUUAGAAACUAUUGAUCCCCCCAAAUCUGUCGUACUUUCGAAAUCAGAAUUAUCGUGUGAAAACUAUAUGAACGCUUCAUAUUGUCGUAGUCCUGAAGGUAGGAUGGUAGUACCAUUAACUUUCGUUGACCCUCAGGCGAGGCCCAAGUUUUGUAAUUCUCGUGAGAUUGCUCUCAAGCGUCUUUUAAAUUUGGAGAGGAAAUUUAAAACAAACCCUCUAUUUCGGACUGCUUAUGUCAAAUUCAUGGAUGACUAUUUUCAAAGUGGUCACAUGGAGGAAGUUGAACCACCUUCAUCGAAUGAUGGUAAUUUUUAUUACAUUCCGCAUCAUGGAGUGAUGCGGCCUGACUCGGCUACUACUCCUUUGCGUACAGUAUUCGAUGCAAGCGCCAAGGAUACUACAGGAAGGUCCUUAAAUGAUUCUUUAUUACCGGGCCCUAAGCUGCAAAAGAACAUUUUUGACUUGUUAGUCAGAUUUCGUUGGCAUGCAGUUGUGUUCACUGCAGAUAUCAAGCAGAUGUAUCGUCAAUUUCUUGUUCAUCUUCGAGACUGUGAUUAUCAACGCAUUUUGUGGCGUCCUUCUCCGAAUGAUCCUGUUAGGGAUUUUCGAUUACUCACAGUGACUUAUGGUGUAUCCUGUGCCCCAUAUCAGGCUCUUUGGUGCAUUGCUAGGUUGGCAAAGGAAUUUUCGUCUCUUGCUUCACGUGGUAGUGCAGUAUUAGCUAGAGAUACUUACGUUGAUGACGUCGUAUCAGGCGCCGAUUCUGUAGAGAAUGCUCUGCAAAUACGUCAGGAAUUAGUAGAAAUUUUGUCGUCGGGUCAUCUUCACUUGCGUAAAUGGACUUCAAACUGUCCAGAAUUUCUAGAAAAGGUGUCAGAUUCCGACUUGUACUCGGAGCAACUUCGUGAUUUUGAAGAUGUUCGUGAUGUUUCGGUUAAAAUAUUGGAUCUUUCAUGGUUUCCUGGGGAUGAUCUUUUUACAUUUAAGACAUCUUCCAGUGAUACUCGUUGUACCAAGCGAUCCAUUCUGUCGGACAUCGCUAGAAUCUUCGACCCAUUGGGUUUGUUAGCACCAGUGGUAUUUCUGGCAAAAUAUUUGAUACAACUUUUGUGGUUAUCGGGUGUCGAUUGGGAUAGUGAUGCUCCCGUCACUAUCAGUCAAGAGUGGUCUAAAUUUAAAUCACAAUUGUCGUCGUUAAGUUCGUUUUCCAUUCCUCGCAGAAUGGUCGAGUCUUUCGAGUCAUUACAACUCCAUGGGUUCUGUGAUGCCUCGGAAAGAGGUUAUUGUGCCGUCAUAUAUUGUCGUGUCGUUAAGAAUGAUGGUUCUGUCGUCGUGCGCUUGUGUUGUGCAAAAUCAAAGGUAGCUCCUCUACGUAAGUGCUCAAUUCCACGUUUGGAAUUGUUAGCAGCUGUCUUAUUGUCGGACUUAAUUUGCUCAUUUGUCGAUGCUUUAAAAGAGUUUUAUCCCUUUAGUAAUAUUUAUGCUUGGUCAGAUUCAACUGUCGCUCUGACUUGGAUUCGUGCUUGUCCAUCUAAAUGGAAAACUUUCGUGGCUAAUAGAGUGGUAAAUAUUCAGGAGAAAGUCCCUCCGCAAAAUUGGCAUCACGUUUCUGGGUUUGAAAAUCCAGCGGAUUGUGGUUCUCGCGGCUUACUUCCUGUUGAUUUAGUUCAGAAUACGUUAUGGUGGGCGGACCUGCCUGGCUCUCCAACCCUGAAGUGUCGUGGCCACAUUCAGAGAUGUCGUUCGAUCAAGCCGCUGCUGAUGAACAAAAGAUUUAUAGUCUUUUCACAGCCUCUAAUAUGUCGUUUAUAG